ACAUAACGCGCCACGGAAAACAUGCGGCCCGGGGGACCCCCCCGCAGCCUCCGCUCGGGGCAGAGACCCGAGGGGGCCCGGAGCUGCCGGGGCCAUGUGCAGUUUGGCAAGAUCCCCCAGAGCACGAGGAGCCGCACCAGGUGCCCAUCUCCCAAGCCCUCCGCGUCCUCGGCGUUUCGGAGCUUCGCUCGGCAGAGGCGCCGCGACUCUGCCAGACGCCUCUGGCCCGCAGCCCUGGCCCCUUUCGGGGGCCGCCUCAGGACGAGCCCUCGGCCGCGCUCCUCAGAAAGCCGAGGAGGCCCCACCUCCGCCCGUCCCGCCACCUCUCAGGCCGCGAGAAACCGCGCCUCCCCAAGGGCCCCCUCCCCAGUCCGCCAACCCCCAGUGGCCAGAGAGGCAGUGGCCGGGGGCGGUUCCCGGCGGAGACAGGCGGAUGCGUUUGAGAAGGUGCUUCCGGGUCAAAGAGUGUGCAAGAUGGCGGCGCCCAUGGAGCUAUUCUGCUGGUCGGGGGGCUGGGGACUGCCGUCGGUGGACCUGGACAGUCUGGCCGUGCUGACCUACACCAGAUUCACAGGUGCUCCACUGAAAGUACACAAGAUCAGCAAUCCUUGGCAGAGCCCGUCAGGAACCCUGCCUGCCCUUCGAACCAGUAGUGGAGAGGUCAUCUCAGUACCACACAAGAUCAUCACCCAUCUACGGAAAGAGAAGUAUAAUGCCGACUAUGACCUGUCAGCUCGGCAAGGAGCGGAUACCCUCGCCUUCAUGUCUCUGCUGGAGGAGAAGCUGCUCCCUGUACUGAUACACACUUUUUGGAUAGAUGCCAAGAAUUAUGUGGAAGUGACCCGGAAGUGGUACGCGGAGGCUAUGCCCUUUCCCCUCAACUUCUUCCUGCCUGGCCGCAUGCAGCGCAAGCACAUGGAGCGGCUGCAGCUGCUGUGUGGCGAGCACAAAUCAGAGAGCGAAGAAGAACUAGAGAAAGAGCUGUAUCAAGAGGCUCGGGAGUGCCUAACCCUCCUCUCUCAGCGUCUGGGCUCUCAGAAGUUCUUCUUCGGAGAUGCCCCUGCCUCCCUGGAUGCCUUUGUCUUUAGCCAUUUGGUCCUGCUGCUGCAGGCAAAGCUGCCCAGUGGGAAGCUGCAGGCCCACCUUCGGGGGCUGCACAACCUCUGUGUCUACUGUACCCACAUCCUCAGCCUCUACUUUCCCCGGGAUGGAGCUGAGGUGCCACCUCCACGCCAGACACCAGCAGGCCCUGAGACUGAGGAGGAGCCGUACCGGCGCAGGAACCAGAUUCUGUCUGUACUGGCAGGGCUGGCAGCCAUGGUGGGCUAUGCCCUGCUCAGUGGCAUUGUCUCCAUCCAGCGGGCAACCCCCAGCCGGGCCCCAGGCACCGGGGCCUUGGGCAUGGCCGAGGAAGACGAGGAAGAAUGAUGUGUUGAUGCUCUCAGGACUGAGUUUUCUACUGUCAUGCAUUCCAGAUACCCCUUUGUCUCCCUGAUGUUGGAGCAGCCAAAAAUGGGGUGCUAUCCCCAGAAUAAAGCUGUUUACACUAA